AUUGCAAAAUGUCAAAAAAAAAUAUUGACAUUUGCGUACAUCAGAUUUUUAUCAGUAAGUUUUGUGAAAAUAUAAAUUUCGCAAAUAUUGAGAUAUAAUUACUAAAUAAACUAUUGCGCCGCAGUAAGAUUCUAUUAGUUUAAUUCUAAUAGUGUACACUAAUUUUAUUCAACAAAAUGCAACACAAGUACAACAACAAAGUGGACAUUUGAUAUUCACAGCAGGCAACAAAUUUGCUAGCCAAUAAAGGCUCUAAACAGAAGAGAUAAUCAAAUUAACAAAAAAAGGCAAAUAUUUGAAAAAUAAAGUAAAGGGAAUGUGUUCUGCGAGAAUGUCACAUUCUAGCCAGGAAAACACAAAAGAAAGUAGUAAUAGUGAUGUACAAGCAUUUCGAAUGCCUUUUAUGCCUUCGGGACACAUCGAAACGCCAGACACGCCGUGCUCAGGCGAUUACUUAUCUAUGCAGCCUUUUAUAGAUUUUGAAGAAAUUGCUAUUAAAGAGAAAUGUGGUCAUGGUUCCUACGGUGUUGUGUACAAAGCUGUUUGGCGUGAUCGUUAUGUGGCUGUGAAGGAAUUUGUUGCUACCGCUGAACAAACAGCUAUAGAAAGAGAAGUCAAGCAACUAUCCAGAGUAUGUCAUGAUAAUAUAAUAAGCUUAUAUGGCAUAUCUGCUCAUAACCAAUCCAAAUACCUAGUUAUGGAAUAUGCUGAAGGUGGUUGCCUGUAUAACUUUCUGCACGGCAAAGUUAAACCACAUUAUCAGCCUGCUCACGCCAUCAGUUGGGCAUUACAAUGUGCUAAGGGUGUUGCUUAUCUACAUGCCAUGCAACCAAAUCCUUUGAUACACCGCGACUUAAAGCCCUUAAAUUUGUUAUUAACUGAUAAAGGUAGACAUUUGAAAAUAUGUGAUUUCGGUACAGUGGCAGAUAAAUCAACUAUGAUGACUAAUAACAGGGGCAGCGCCGCUUGGAUGGCACCUGAAGUUUUUGAAGGUUCCAAAUAUACUGAAAAAUGUGAUACAUUUAGUUGGGGCAUUGUUUUAUGGGAGGUUCUGUCAAGGAAACAACCCUUUAGUGAAAUUGAUAACUCCCUCACUAUAAUGUGGAAAAUACACAAAGGUGAACGUCCGGAAAUCAAUAAAGACUGGCCAUCAAUUAUACAAAAUCUAAUGGCUUCUUGUUGGAAAACAAAACCAGAUCAUCGUCCUUCUAUGCAAAAUGUUGUUAGCGAAAUGUCAUUUCUAUCAACUUCAUAUAGCGGAGCCGACGAGCCUUUGGAAUAUGAAUUUAAAGAUCAACAAAUAUUUCGCACAGAUAGUUACGCAGACACCGAUGACUGUGAUGAUAAUACACCUUUAGAUUUUAGCAUUUAUACCUCAUCAAGCAACAAUAAUUCUUCUACCCAAGUAACACCCACCAAUACCACUAGCCAUUCAAAUUCUUCAUCUGCUUCGACACCUACUAAUGUCGCCGCAACCGUAGAAUUAUUUAAUCAGCAUGCAAAUAUGGCAACACCGUCCAUUACAACAACACGUUGGGAUGUUAUAAAAGAAGAACCAGAGACCACAACUUAUGAUAUAAACGACUCAGCGGAUGUAUUUAAUUUGACUCCAUCAGCAGCAAGCGCUAAACGGUUUGAAACAAUUCGUAAUGACAUGACACAGUCGGCAAGUGUACCUAUGCCACCACUUUCACUGGAAAUAGAUCCGCAUGCUUGGGAUCUAAGUAGCAAUAAUAGUAACAAUUCAUGUGGUAAGUGA